GUGAGCGCAACUCGUCCUUUUUGAACUGAUUCCGGCGCGCUUGCGGUCUCAGGACCCCGUAACAAUAAGCCCUGAACCAUGCAGAACGAGUCCGGAGAAUUUGUGGACAUGUAUGUCCCCAGGAAGUGCUCGGCCAGCAACCGCCUGAUUGCGGCCAAGGACCACGCCUCCAUUCAGCUGAACAUUGCUGACGUGGACCCGACGACUGGCCGCUACACCGGCGACAGCAAGACCUACGCCAUCUGCGGGUACAUCCGACGCAUGGGAGAGUCCGACGACUGCCUCACGCGGUUGGCGAAGAAGGAUGGCAUUGUUGCAAAGAACUACUGAGAUGUCAUCGCCUGUCAUGCCGAAAUAAACAAAAAAACCUGCAUGUGUCCACUA